AUGGCCUUCGUAGAGCGCCAGGCGUCAAGCUCACAGCCCAAGCCCAAGCGCAGGGGAAAGUCAGCGCCAAAGGUCAAGACCAAUGUUGCCAAGCGGGAAAAGUUCAACGAUGAAAUCAAGGAACUGCAGCGGAGGAUUGACGAACUUGACUCGCGAGAUAUCACCACCUUCGACCAGCUCCCUUUAUCCUCGCGUACGCUCAAAGGAUUAAAGUCGAGUCACUUUACCGCUCCCACUCCCAUCCAGUCCGAAGGUAUUCCCCCAUCGCUGCGCGGUCGCGAUGUCCUCGGAAGCGCCAAAACCGGCUCCGGCAAGACGCUCGCCUUCCUCAUCCCGCUGCUAGAGAGGCUGUACCUGCUCAAAUGGGGACCGAUGGACGGACUCGGUGCGGUGGUCAUAUCUCCCACGAGGGAGUUGGCGGUGCAGACUUUUACCGCCUUGAGGGAUAUCGGAAAGUAUCACAACUUUUCUGCUGGGCUGGUCAUCGGUGGCAAGCCGCUCAAGGAGGAGAAGGAUAGGCUCGGGAGGAUGAACAUCUUGGUGGCGACACCGGGGAGGCUUCUGCAGCACCUGGACAGUACGGUCGGGUUUGAAUCAGCGGGACUCAAGAUACUAGUCCUGGACGAAGCGGACCGACUGCUCGACCUCGGUUUCCUCCCUGCUCUCCGGGCCAUCGUCACCCACUUUGGCUCCCACGAGCGUCAGACGCUCCUCUUUUCCGCUACCCAAUCCGCGGACCUCGCCUCUCUGGCCAAGCUCUCCCUCCGCGAUCCGCUAUACAUCAACUGCAACAAGGCUGGCGAGGAGGGUGUCACGCCUGCCUCACUCGAGCAGUUCUACUCGGUCAUUCCCCUUCCGCGCAAGCUUGACGCCCUAUGGGGUUUCGUCAAGUCUCAUCUCAAGAUGAAGGGCGUCGUCUUUGUCACCUCCGGCAAGCAGGUCCGGUUCAUAUUCGAAACAUUCCGCAAACUCCACCCCGGUCUCCCGGUCAUGCACCUGCACGGCAAGCAAAAGCAGGUUCAGCGCUUGACCAUCUUCCAGCGUUUCUCGACGGCACCGACGGCAUUGCUGGUGACGACCGACGUGUCAGCGCGGGGCUUGGACUUUCCCUCGGUGGACUGGGUAGUCCAGCUCGACUGCCCCGAGGACGUCGAUACGUAUAUCCACCGGGUGGGGAGGACGGCGCGGUACAAGGCGGAAGGCAAGGGGUUGAUAUUCCUCUGCCCCAGCGAGGAGGAGGGAAUGAAGAAGAGGUGGGAGGAGAAGGGAGUGGUGGUUAAGGGGAUCAAGAUUAAGGAGGCAAAGAUGGGGAACUUGAAGCAGAGUCUGCAGAACUUUUCGUUCAGGGAGCCAGAGAUCAAGUAUCUGGGGCAAAGGGCCUUCAUUUCUUACAUGCGCUCUCUGCAUAUCCAAAAAGACAAGACCAUCUUCGACUUUUCGCAGUACCCCGCCGAGGAGUUCGCCGCCAGCCUGGGUCUGCCUGGUGCGCCACAGAUCACGCUAAAUGAGGGCAAGGGUAAGGGCCGAGUCAGGGGCGGAAAGGAGAAGCCGGCAGAGGUCAAGGCGGAUCUGGAAGUGGUGGCGAGCAGCGAUGAAGAGGAGGACGAGGAGGAUGUCGAAAAUGAGGCGGAAGACGCUGAGGACCACGAGGAGGCUGCCGCAGAAGAUGAGGAGGACGUCGAAGAGUCAGAGGACGAGUCUGCCGAGUCCGAGGCAUCUGAAGAGGAUCGCCCGAUCAAAGCGCAACCCGUUCGGACCAAGUACGACCGCAUGUUUGAACGCACCAAUCAGUCCAUCCUCACUCCCCACUACUCUGCUCUCAUCACCCACGACGAUAACGAGGAUGACGACAUCUUCACCCUCGCUCGCAAGAAUCACACCCUCGAGGAGCAUACCGCACCCGCCUCGGACGACCUGUCCAAGCGCAAGCUCAAAGCGGCCGCCAGCAAGAAAGGGCAGGUCAAGAACCGACCUGGACCUGAAAAGGUGCUAUUCGACGAGGAGGGCGAGCAGACCGACUUUUACAAGUCGGGUGUGGAUGUCGAGGCGGGCGCGGCGGCGGAGAGGGAGGAGUUCUUGCUGAGUGAAAAGGAGAGGAUGAAGCUCGCGGAUAAGGUGGAUAGAGAGGUGGCGAGGGAGAAGAAGAGGGAGAAGAAGCGGAAGCGCAAGGAGAGGGAGCGAGAGGUCCGGGAGGGUCUGGAGGGGUCCGAUGAGGAGGGCAUUGCGGUCAUUGGGGGAGGUAGUGGGGACGAGUCGGAAGAGGAUGUGCCGAGGGUGGAUAAGCGGAGACGGGAGGCGAGUGUGGACGAUGAGGAGGAGUUGGCGUUGCGCCUGCUCGGUCAUUGUGAGUCUUGA